CGUCAUAGUCGUUUGUCAUUCAUUUCAUUCAUAUAAAAUCCAUUCAUUCAUACUACGUAUUUGUGUUUACAUCGGAUAAUUAUUUCGGAAUUGCAUUUUUUUGUUCUGUUUUGUUUUGUAUCAAAUUCCAUCUUUAUAUGUAACACACACAAAGAAAACUUUUUGUCAUUUGCCAUUUCAAUAUCAAAUUUUGUCAAUUUCAUCAAAUACUAAAUAAAUAAUCAAAACAUUAAAACGACGACAAUCUGAUUAAAUAAUAUUUACCCGCACACACUACCCACCCACCACACACACACACACAUACAACGGCGAAUGUAAAUAAAUACCUAAUAUUUAUCCGAAUUUGUAGUUAAAUUUGUUUUAUAUGUUGUGAUUCCUUUGAUCAUAUUGAAAAUGAUCUCGAAUCUACAAUUCAGUUACAAAGAAGGUAAAUCUGGUUUUCUCACAUUCAUUACUGGCAGUUAUUUGGCACCACAGAAUUGUAAAGUGAUAUUUGAUUGGCAAUCACCGACUACCGUCUCCAAUUUAGCUACAUUCAUAAUCAAAUUUUAUCAACGUAAUCAUAAGCCAUAUCCAAUAACUGCUGAUGAUCGAGUUUCGGUACACAUAACGAAUGGUUCACAAGUUGUGCCUUGUUCCAUCGAAUUUGGUGAUUUAAAUCCAUCAUUGGCGAAUGUCGCUCGUGUCACUUUUUCACCAAAAAAAUCUGGCAAUUAUACGAUAAAUAUUCUGGUUGGAAAUACGUUCACCCAUUUACGUGGUUCACCAUUUACCGAUAUAUAUUUCGAACCAUUAACACCUUCUCCUCAUGAAACAUUAUUCGUUAAUCACUGUUCAACAGUUGUUUGUACUGCUAGAAAUCUACAUGCUUUGAUCAUUGAAACAAGAGAUCGAUUUGGUAAUCUCUGUCUACUUGAUAGUCAAAUCAAUAAAAAUUUUGAUGAAAGUUCCGAUUUUAAAGUUGUUUUUACCGAAGUAUCGACCGAACGAAGAAUCGAUACUUGCUAUUUUUGGAGAAGAGAAAUUUCCGAUAAUUCACGAAUCGCUCUCAUUAUCGCAUUCGAAUCAUCCGGUGUAUAUCAUGCUCUUGUAUCAUACAAAGGAUCUUUGUUGAAAAAUGGUGAUUUUAAUAUUGUUUGUCUUACACAAAAUGAAGCAGAAAUAGUGAAAAAAUGUACUUUACACUCCAAAAGUUGUUAUUUCAAUGCUCGAUUAUUACCGCCACGAUCUUGUCCAAAAGAAAGUUAUACGGUUGAUGACAAAACGAUUAAAUUAAAAAAUGUCGUUUGUUUCAUAUCGCCAAAACAGCUAAAAAUUAAUCAAUACUUUCUUAAAAUAAUACCAAAACGACUGGCCACAUUUAGGCUAUUGCCUUCGACCAAGUUCUAUUUCACUCGUAAUAACCAUCAAAAUCUUUGCAACCCUAACAUAUUGACACCAUCAACACCGUUAUCAUUGAGUACUUAUGAUUUGCAAUCAUCUAUCGUCAAUGUACAAUGGGAAUCUUCUAUCAAUCCAGAAGAAUUCAUCAUGAUUGAUGAUGGAUCUCAAACACCGAUCGAACUAGUCAGUUCUAAUCGUAACAUUAUUGUUGCUAUAUUUACUCAUUUUCUUUUGAAUCGUAUUGGUGGUAGUGAAUCGUUUCGUGAUAAACAAGAUUUUUUCUAUUCGGAAGUUCGUCGCCAUCAUCAAAAGAAUAACUAUACACCCGGUCGAAUUCAUUUGAAAAUAUCCCGUGAAUGCUUAUUAGAUUCUUCGAUGAAAGCAGUUCGUUCCCCAAGUGAUUGGUGCAAAAAAUUCGAAAUUGAAUUCAUUGGUGAAAAUGGAAUUGAUUGGGGUGGACUUAGGCGAGAAUGGUAUACAUUACUAUGUAAAGCUUUGUUCGAUCCUAAACCAUGUUUGAUCGAAGGCUCCGACAAUCUGGUUGAAGCACCAUUAUUCAUGCGUUUUAAAAAUGAUAAACAAGGACUCAUCCACCCCAAUCCUCAUUGUAGAAGAUUAACAGCGUAUGAAUUUGCCGGAAGAUUGGUUGGAAAAAGUUUACUUGAUUCUUCAUUCGGUUCGAAUGGAAAAUGUUUGAUUAAUGCUCGUUUUUGUCGAUCAUUUUUGGCCCAAUGGAUUGGAUUACGUGUGAAUUAUCGUUAUUUCGAACAGGAUGAUCCAGAUCUUUAUAUAAGCAAGAUUAAAUUUAUUUUGGAAAAUGAUUGCUCAUCCCUGGACUUAUGUUUCUGUGAUGAAGAAUAUGAUAAUAAUGGAAAACUUAAACGUAUUGUCGACCUUAUUCCGAAUGGUUCCAAUAUUCAAGUGACUGAAGCAAAUAAGAUUCGAUAUUUGGAUGCAUUGGCCCAAUAUCGUUUAUCGACUAAAGUUAAGGACCAAAUUGAAGCAUUCCUUAAAGGACUCAACGAUUUGAUACCGGACAAUUUAUUGAGCAUAUUUGAUGAAAAUGAAGUCGAGCUUUUGGUAUGUGGUGCAAGCACAUAUUCUCUAUCGGAUCUAAGACUUAAUUAUGUCGUAACCGGAGCUAUCUAUGAUUUCCAAAAGGUAGUCGAUUGGUUUUGGCGUUCUUUGGCCAAUUUUUCCGAUGAAGAAUUCGCACGUCUUUUACAAUUCACCACCGGAUGUUCAAUACUUCCGCCUGGUGGAUUUUCCGAAUUGAAUCCACGUUUUCAGAUUACAUCCUCAUUAACUUAUGGGACCUUACCGACAGCACAUACGUGUUUCAAUCAAAUUUGUCUUCCGGAUUAUGAUUCAUUUGAAGAUUUUGAUCGUUCACUUAGAAUAGCAAUCACCGAAGGAUCCGAAGGCUUUGGUUUAGUUUGAUAUGGAAACGAAACUGAAAAUGUUUUUCGUUGUAUUUUUUUUUGAAAAAUGUACUCGUUUUUGUUUGUAAAUAUAUGUGUGGUUCUUAUUAUAUAAGAUGAUUUAAUUUAAGCAUGUUUUUACAUUCAAAUAAAUUGUCAAAUAAAAUGGGGGUGAGAAAAAAA